AAAUGAAGAAGUUCCAUGAAAUCAAAUUCUCGACUUCAUUAUUCUCAUAAAAUACCAGAUCAGGACAUUUUGGCCUAUCAGCAGAUGCCCUUUCGUCUCCUUGUUCGCAAUCAUUUAGCCGAGGGCCCGAGGCCGUCUCCUCUCCUCCUUGGAUCUUCCACGCUCCUCGUCAAGAACGCGAAUCGGGGAGGAGAUCUGAGGCUAAAAUUGGAUGCAUCUAAAAAGUGCAAUUUUGAUCAAGUUACGAGAAUGAUAAUUUACUUACAAGGUUCAAUGGGUUCAAGAGGGUGGUUCUUCCUCGUUCUUAUUCUUGUUAUUGGCUGGGCAAAUGCUGAUGCUAGAAGUUUGGCAGAACUUGAUGUCUUGGUUACAGAAGUUGACUUUGAGCUAAUUGAAAACCCAAUCAGAACAUUUAAGGGAGUCAAAAGGAAUGAACAAUUGUGCACGCUGUGUGAAAACUUUGCAUCACAGGCUGCUCAGUAUCUCAGUAAAAACAAAACUCAAACUGAGAUAAUUGAGACCCUUCAUCAAGCGUGUUCUGAGAUGAAACCUUUUGAGGAGCAGUGCCUUCUGCUAAUUGACUAUUAUUCAGCACUUUUCUUUGCUGAGAUCUCCAAGAUACAUCCAGAGGAGUUCUGCACAAAGUUCAAUCUUUGUGAGGCAAUGGCUUCCAUCAGCUUACUAAAAACUGAAAAUUCUUGCACAAUUUGCCAUGAUGUUAUUGCUAAAGUACUAGUUAAGCUGAAAGAUUCUGAUGCACAGUUCGAGGUAAUUAAGAUGCUUCUAAAGGAAUGCAACGAGGUGGAGCAAUACGUUCAACAGUGCAAGAAGCUGGUCCUCCACUAUGGCCCUCUGAUCCUCGUCAAUGGUGAAAAGUUCCUCGAAGAUACAGAUAUUUGCACUGCCAUUCAUGCAUGCAAGACCGAGAAAGCUGAACUCAUCAAUGAUGCUGUAUCAGAAGAACCACCUGUAGUUGCCUCAAUGUAAUGCGAUGAAUGCGGCAGAAACAAUUGGAAGUUGUCGAACUUGUAUUGUGCAACGUAUGUAAACUUUAAGGUUUGCCCGUCUAUAUCCAUCUCUACGUUUGUUGCCCAGUCAGUGAGUGAUCAACUCUCACAGUGAACAAUUUGUGUCCAUCAACUACAAGUUUUUGUACUCUAGUGCCAACACAACAUCAUGUAGUAUAUCAAUCAAAAGGCUGUAUGGAUUGCUUUGCUUC